AUGAAGACGGUGGAAGGAAGCGGCGGCGGCGGCGCCCCGGCCGCGGUCAAGAGGCGGCGGAGGGAUGCACCUGGCAGGCGCCGGAGCGGCGGCGUGAGCGUGCGGCGGCGCGUGCAGGUGGACGCGACGACCGCGCCAGCGCCGCUCCAGAGGCUGCUUGCCGCGUGCCGCCGCGCGUUCGGAGGCCCCGGGACCGAGCCGGCGCACGACGACGUCGCCCUCAUCAGAGACAUCCUCGACAAGAUGGGAGCAGAAGAUGUGCACCUGAGAGCCGUCACCAAGGCCGCCGCGGCUUCCUUCCCUCGAACACAUCCUAAUCCUAUCAUCACACGAAUCACCAUUUACAAAUGCAAAAACUUCUCGAUCGUCAUCUUCUUGCUGCCCCCAGGCGCGGUGAUCCCUCUGCACGACCACCCCGGGAUGACGGUGUUCAGCAAGCUUCUCCUCGGCUCGCUGCACGUCACGUCGUACGACUGGGUCAACGCCGACGGCCCUCCCGUCGCCGUCGGCGGCGGCGAUCGCCUACUGAGGCUGGCGAAGCAGGUGGUGGACGCCGACCUGAGCGCGCCGUGCGACGCCCUGGUGCUGUUCCCCGAGUCCGGCGGGAACAUGCACCGGUUCGCCGCCGCCACGGCGUGCGCGGUCCUCGACGUCCUCGGCCCGCCCUACUCCGGGGACCGGGACUGCACCUACUACCAGGACUUGCCAUACCGCCAUCAUCAUCACGACGACGAUGGAGAUGAGGCCGCCGGGGAUGGCGACGUCGUCCCUGCUGCCACGGAUGAUGAGCAGAAGCCACGUCUGGGGUGGCUGCUGGAGACGCGCAAGCCCAAGGAGCUGCACAUGUACGAGGUGCCGUAUAGGGGCCCUCCGAUCCUGUGGAAGAAGCGGCCUGCAGUUGACUCUUGGCAGCAGGGACCAUGA